UUCCGGUGCACUCCGGCACGUCGACAAAAGACAACACCGACAACACUACGACGUGGCCGUAGUUAAGCUGGGUUGUCAUUAUUUUAAUCAAAGUUUAGGUUUUUAAUAAUUCAAAAUAAGGUUAUUUUCUCCCAUCUGUCGAUAAGGAAAAUAAGAAAGUUAUAAAUUUCGUCCUUACAGUUAUUUAUAACUUUAGUCUCAAUCUGUUUACAUCUGUUUCUUUUUGAAACAACAAUGGGACUUUGUAAAUGUCCAUGGAGAAGAGUAACUAACCAGUUUUGUUUUGAGCACAGAGUGAACGUCUGCGAAAACUGUAUGGUUACAAACCAUCCAAAGUGCAUAGUACAGUCUUAUUUACAAUGGCUGCAGGACAGCGAUUGGACUCCUGUUUGCACAUUAUGUUCAGAAAACUUGAAUGAAGGAGAUUGUGUAAGAUUAAUUUGCUACCAUGUCUAUCAUUGGAGAUGUUUAGAUAAAUUUGCUAGAAACUUGCCAGCCACAACAGCACCUGCAGGAUACACAUGUCCUAUUUGCCAAUCGCGAAUAUUUCCACAAUCUAAUUUAGUAUCUCCUGUUGCUGAUGUACUUAGAGAAAAAUUGGCUGGUGUCAACUGGGCAAGGGCAGGUCUUGGAUUACCUUUAUUAAGCGAAGACAGAGAACAGAAGCCAGUACAAGAACGCAAAGCAUCAGUGGAAAACAGCGCUUUUAAAAAUCACUCUUCUGUUGCGCCUCCUGCAUCUCCUUCUACAUCGUCAACAAUAGCUACUUCCCGAACAAAUAGUUUACUCAAUUCCACAAAUUCUCUGACCAAUAACGUUCAUGUAAAUAAUCAGAAGGUAGGACCACCUUACUCUGUGGUGAACAUAGAUGCGACUCUAACCAAUCAAAUACCAAGAAAAGUUUUUGAAGCAUACGACGAACCAAAAGACGUGUCUUUCGAUCACGAUGAAAAUAAAUAUCAACGAAAGUCGGCGAUUGAUUGGUUCUUACGAUGGUGGAAAUUAAUUUCAAGAUCUCCUGCACGUCGAAGGAACAAUCCUGGAAGUUUAUACAAAAGGUACGUGUUACUUGCCGUUGGUGGCUUCAUCGCUUUCAUCUUCAUUGUAAUUCUUUUUUCCUGGCUCGGAAAAAUGGCAACUGAUGGCGAUCCUUCGUUCAAUGUCUUUGAAAAUCGACAAAUCAAUGUCCAGCAUGACGAUAUUGCUAAUUAAAUUACAGUUGCACUGGUUGCAACUUUUCAAACAGAUGUGAUCAAUAUGUAAGUGUUAAAUUGUUGCUUUUAAAACAGGUUUCACAAACUAGUUAACCGGGGAUUAUUUUGUCGGUUUUUAAAGUUUAUGGGACUGACGACUCUUGACAGAAGAAAAUAAGCGUAAUCGACUUUCUAUUUCGAAUCUAUUUUUUAAAAAAAAUUUAAUCAUCUGGAAUGAUUCAUUUCAUUGGAGAGUUUUUUCAACAAGAGAAAUGCAAUAAUUUAUUCGAUAAUCUUUCUUAAAAUCAAAAACACACAAUGUGAAAUGUAAAACGUAGUUUUAAAGAAGAUGCACUCUAAAGCGAAGAUUCGAUGCAUUGAUUCAAAUUUUGUACACAUUCCAUACACACGACAUUGUUAUAUUCUCACGAAAGUCUUCCGAAUUUGCAUCUUCCUUAAAACAUAAAAUUUCUAAAUAUUCUACGAAAAGACGCUGACAAAGAACAUAUUUGAUUUUAGUCACUAUAAUAACUUGGUGAAAGUUUUGGAUAAUAAUAAAUUAAUGUGAAGACUUUAUGACACUUACAAUUAGACUAACUAAAGAUUAAGGUAAAUGCUCUGGUGAUUACCAUCGAAAUACAUUUCUAAUUUUUAAAUGAGUAAUUAACAGUCUUAAUGACAAUUUUGACAAGUAAAACGAAUUUUAUAAAGUAAUUGUUAUCAAUUUUUAAGGAUAUUGAAUUAAAUGUAAUAUUUAUUCGUAUCUUAUGUUUAAAAUAUGCAAAUUUGUCAGAUAUUUAAUUAAAAUAAUAUAUUAAUAUUUAGAUGUAAGAAUAAAAUAGAACGAAGAAAAAAUGCAAAAUUUAUUCAUUUUUUGGUAAAUACAGAUAAAUUAUUUGUUAAUAUAUUUUUAUCUUUAUUCAUUUCAGAUUUGUAUUUUUUAAUCUUGUAUUAAUUAAUUUACCUAAUUGUAAAAUAAUUUAUUGAUUUGUUGGUAUUUAUCAUUCAAUUGCUUUAGCUAUCGUCAUUAAAUAUUUUAUAUUUUGCAGGUACUUUCACCUGACAAAUACUAAAAUAUAUUAUCAUGUAAAUCCAGGGUGUCUAACGGUUAGGGAAGUUAGGGAAUUUAAAUGAUCAGGGAAAAGUCAGGGAAUCUUAAAUUGUCGAAUUUCUAUUUAGAAAAAUUGUAUAAAGUGGAUUUUAUAUUAUACAAAAUUUUCAUAUCGAAGAAUUUACAUUUAACUGAAAUUCGAUUUAAAAGAAUUUCUAUUUAGCAGAACUCUUAUAAAGCAUUUUUUCUAAUACUUUUUUUAAAUUUAAAAUUUAAAAUUAAUAUAAUUUCAAUUUGACGAAAUUUAUGUCUAGAAAAAUUUAUAAAAAAAGAACUAUGUAGAAUUUUUCAUAAAUGAGAAUUCUGUUAAAUAAUAACUAGUUAGAAUUAAAAUUUUCUUUAAUAAAAACUUUGUUAAUUAAGAAUUUUGUUCAAUAGAAAUUCUGUUAAUUGUGGAUUUAUUCAAUGACAAUUCUGUUAAGUAAAUAUUUGGAUAAAUCAAAAUUUACUAAAAUAACAAUUCUGUUAAAAAAAAUUUUCUUUGUGCAAUUUUUCUUUACAUAAAUUCCGUUGAAUUGAAAUUGUAUUAAUUUGAAAUUCGAUGUACUAGAAAAUCUGCCUUAUAUAAUUUUACUAAAUAAAAAUUUGAUAAUUUAAUAUUCGACGCCGUAAAAAUUUUUUUUAAAUUAAAUGUUGAGAAUAUUUAUACGUUCCCAUUUAGUUUAUUUAUUUCACUUAAAUAUUUUAUUUUUUUUAUAAAACAUUUAUUUGGUUUAAAUACAUAUGAAAUUAGUGGAUAAUAGACGGGUAAAUGAUUUAAUUGUAUCAAAAUAAAUUUUAUUUGAUCAAAAUAAAAAAAUUUUAGUGUAAUUUAGGUUAGGGAAAAGUCAGGGAAUUUUUUUCCUAGCAAUUGUUAGAUACCCUGAAGUCAAUAAUUAAGUUACCGUUAUUUCUAAAUGCAAAUCGUCAUAAUGAAUAGAGGUUUUCAGUUUUUUAUUUCCGUCAACUUAAACAUUGGAAAAUUCGUUUCCAGGAUGUCCAGCGGUCAGGGAAAAGUCAGGAAUGUUAGAAAAUUUAAUUAUAAGUCAGGGAACUUUUUAAAAAUUUGCCAAAAAUGAAUAUUUUUAUGAAUAUUUUAAAUUUUUCAGUGCAAGACAAAGUUUAUAAUGAUAAUAAAUAAAAUGUUUUUUAUUAUCUUAAAAAUACUAUAAUAUUUGAUAGUUUUCAUUCUUUUAAUAUUAAAUAUUUCUUAGAAAGAAGUGGAAGAAGGUUAGGAAAAAGUCGGAAUUUCAGGGAAUUUUUUUUUGUAUUUUUUGCUGGACACCCUGGUUUUAUUGUGUGACCUGCACGAAACUAUGAAGAAUACAUUGCAUUAUAUUUAAUGAAAAUGAAAAUAUAAAUUUUAUUUUUUAACGUCAAUUGCGUCAAACUGACAAUCACUGGCGCAUUUACCUUAUCGAAUUCAAUCUGAAAGGCACUGACGUGAGUUUUUUUCUGGGUUUCUGUUAAUAAGCCUUCUGAAUUUCUUCAGACAUACAUUCAUUUUUUACUCAUUGAAUUUAUUUUACAUAUUCAAACGACAAUGCUGAAAUAACCAUUCAAAAAUUUUUAAAAUCAUUUUCAAUUCUGCGUUAGUUACAUGAAAACAAGCCACAAAUUUUAGCCUGCUCGUUUAAUUAGUGGGACAAAAUGAAAUAUGAAAACUACACUAUACCUUCCUACUUAAUUUCUUUUUAGAAACUAUUGAGUACAGAUAUAUUUUCUAAAUCACUUAGCGAGCAGGAAAAACUAAAAAAAAAUAAUUAACGUAGAGAUAAUAGAUUCACAACAACGAUUAUUAUUAUUAUUUAUCAUACUUUCUGUUUGAUAACUAAAAAAAAAUUUCUACUGACACAAAUGAUGUGCAGUUCUGUCCAUAUAAUGUAAAUAUAGUUGAAAAAUUAUUAUUGUAACUUAACUUUUCAACUGAAGCAUUUUAUUAAUUGUUUGUUAAUCGAGCUUCAAUAGGAAGAAAGCAUUAUGAUUUUGAAUGAUGUCACUUCCUUUGAGAGAAAAACAUUUAAUCGAUUAAUGUUAAACUCUAGUCAAAUUAAAAAUAAAAACAAAUUAUAAUUUUUCUUUUUUAAAUGAAAGCAGAAACUUUUUUUAAUGACUUCCUAGAAAUAAGAAUUUAUUGUAUGGGAAUGUCAUCAAACAAAAUCAUAAUAAUUAUGUAUAUUUCAAUAUCUUGUAUAAAAAUUAUAAAUUUGUAAAAUAUAUUAAUCAUUCUAUAUAAAAAUGAAUUUUUAAAAA